CCUUCCCUUUGUAGCAAGCUGACAAGGAGACACUCCUGCGGCGCAUGCGUCGCGCCCAAACGAGGCCGGCGGUGGAGAAAGGCAGGCAACGCAUGCGUAGUUGAUGUAGGGAGUCGGCGGUGAGAAAUGGACAGCCCGCAUUGACCGAAGCUUUGCGCAUGCGUUUUACUGCUGGGUGAAGCCGAACUUCGGGAGCCCAGGACGCCCUCCUGCACAUGCGCAGGAGGCUCAAUGACAGUCGAGCUUUGGCUAAGGCUCCGGGGAAAGGGUCUAGCCAUGCUGCAUGUGACCCGGGGGGUCUGGGGGUCCAGGGUCCGAGUAUGGCCACUGUUGCCCGCGCUCCUCGGGCCCCCCCGGGCCCUCUCAUCGCUGGCAGCCAAAAUGGGGGAGUAUCGCAAGAUGUGGAACCCCAGGGAGCCCCGCGACUGGGCCCAGCAGUACCGCGAGCGCUUCAUUCCCUUCUCCAAGGAGCAGCUGCUCCGCCUCCUAAUACAGGAAUUCCACUCGAGUCCGGCAGAGAAGGCGGCUUUGGAGGCGUUCUCGGCCCACGUGGACUUCUGCACCCUGUUCCACUACCACCAAAUCCUGGCCCGGCUGCAGGCCUUAUAUGACCCCAUCAACCCUGACAGGGAGACCCUCGAUCAGCCAUCACUAACGGAUCCCCAGCGUCUGUCUAAUGAGCAGGAGGUGCUUCGGGCUCUGGAGCCCCUGCUGGCCCAGGCCAACUUCUCCCCGCUGUCUGAGGACACCCUGGCCUACGCGCUGGUGGUCCACCACCCUCAGGAUGAGGUCCAGGUGACAGUAAAUUUGGAUCAGUAUGUCUACAUGCACUUCUGGGCCCUGGGCCAGCGAGUCGGGCAGAUGCCCCUGAAGUCCAGCGUGGGCUCCAGGCGUGGCUUCUUCACCAAGCUGCCCCCUGCGGAGAGGAGAUACUUUAAGCGGGUGGUGCUGGCAGCCCGGACCAAACGGGGACACCUGGUACUGAAGAGUUUCAAGGACACGCCGCUGGAAGGCCUGGAGCAGCUGCUGCCGGAGCUGAAGGUGCGCACGCCCACCCUGCAGCGCGCCCUGCUCAACCUCAUGCUGGUAGUCUCCGGCGUGGCGAUCUUCGUCAACGUGGGCAUGGUGGUGCUAACCGACCUCAAGGUGGCCACCUCCCUGCUGCUGCUGCUCUUCGCCAUCUUCAUGGGCCUGCGGGCCUCCAAGAUGUUCGGGCAGCGGCGCAGCGCGCAGGCGCUGGAGCUGGCGCACAUGCUGUACUAUCGCAGUACGUCCAACAACUCGGAGCUGCUCAGCGCCCUGGCCCUGCGCGCGCAGGACGAGCACACCAAGGAGGCGCUGCUGGCUCACAGCUUCCUGGCCCGGCGGCCAGGGGGCACUCAAGGCUCGCCCGAAGAGACCUCCAGGUGGCUCCGGUCGGAGGUGGAGAACUGGCUCCUAGCCAAGUCAGGCUGUGAGGUGACCUUCAACGGAACUCGGGCCCUGGCGCAUCUGCAGGCCCUGACCCCCAGCAUGGGAUUGUACCCACCCCCGGGUUUCCCCAAACUAGACCCAGUGGCUCCGAUCACUUCCGAGCCCCCGCAAGCCACGCCCAGCAGUAACAUCUCCUGAGUAGAACCUACCUCCCUGCCCAGUCAGCAGGCUAGGAACUAAGCCCCGCCUCCUUCACGACAGGCUGUCAAUUACGGUUAUUAUACUUUUCACUCCAACUUCCAAUAACUGACAGGUGAUUAUUUUUGCUGCACUGUGUGCUUAAGCAAAGCAGCCAAUCAAAGCAGCUAGCAGUUGUUAAGUCUUCCCCGCCCCUUCGAUGAACAGCCAAUCAAAGCGAUUUAGCUCUGCUGCUGUUCCAUUUCUUAGUCCCACCCUCACCAUAAGCAUCCAAGUGUGGUUUGGCUGAGGAGCUGGGGGUGUCUGCCAAUCACAGCUGCUCAGCUCUGGCUUCUGUAAACCGCCAGGUAGAAGAGUUAAAGCUGCGCCCUCCCGAGACUAUAUAUCAUUGUCUUUUUUAGCCCGCUCCGGGCAAACUGCCCAUCAUGUGCACCAAGGCCGUUAGCCUGCCUCCUGGCAAACGUCCAGUGACAGCUGCUGGGUUCCAUCAACUUUGGGCAGCCGGUUGUCGCUGCAGGGAAGGAACCAAUAAGAAUUUCUAAAGGAAACCUGAUCUUGCUAUCAAUUGCUGCUGCUUACAUGGCAGGCCAACUGGUCAGCUGCUGAUCAGGGUGUCUAGGCUGAAGGAGUUGGAGACCUUGUGCUAGGUAGGUGAACCAGAAACCACCCUCGCCACCAAGACUCGCUCCCAACCUGGCUCCCGGCAACCUCAGGUGCCUUCCUCGCCCAGGUCUUUCACCCUUUCUACAGAAACUACCUCGGUCUGGAUCUCCCCACCACCAGCAGCCUGUGCAAUAUUUAUUGGUCUAUCAAUUUCUCCCGUCUCCUGUCCCAAAGUAAUAAAUCGUGUUUAAUAAGUCUG